UGCCAGCAGCUCACCUCAUUCGAUCCUAGCUCUUGUCUUUCUCUCCUCCGGCCCGGCCCCCCUCGCCGGAAAAGCGACCGCGGCUGCUGCUGCCUAUAAGUAGCGCCCCUUCUCACACCUCUCCUCCUCAUCAGCUCAGCUCACCUCAGACAACUUAGCUCAGCUCAGGCAACUUAGCUCUAGCUACCAGCUCGAUCAAUCUCAAGUGCUUGCAAGCUAGGUAGCUGAGAAGAGAUCGAGGCGGCGAUAAUGGCGCAGCAGGCUCGGGCGCAGUGGACGCCGAAGCAGAACAAGCUGUUCGAGCAGGCGCUGGCGGUGUACGACAAGGAGACGCCCGACAGGUGGCACAACAUCGCCCGCGCCGUCGGCGGCGGCAAGUCGGCGGAGGAGGUGAAGCGCUACUACGAGCUGCUGGUGGAGGACAUCAACCACAUCGAGUCCGGCAAGGUGCCUUUCCCGGCGUACAGGUGCCCCACCGGCGCCGCCGCCGCUCAUGCCUCCCUCGGCUGCCAGACCGAAAGGUUGAAGCAUUUGAAGAUCUAGGCCGGUGGCGAUGCUGUUCGAAGAAUUUGCAGCUAGCUAGCUAGCUAGUAGCAUCCAUGGCGAUAUAUGCAAGACGAUGUACUAUUGAUGUGUGUGGUGGUGUACGUGGUUCAUGGAAGCCCUGCAGAAGAAUCGGAAGCAUGCAUGUUAAUAACUAGCUAGGAGAAUUAGUAGCAGUUCAUCACGCGAUCGAUCCAUCUCCUCCAUGUCACCAUGUGCAUGUCUAGCUCCAUAUUACUCUUCCUACCUUAGUUCUACGUGUAUAGCAGGAGUACAUCUAUCUGAACCUGUAUAAUUAAGCUAGCCUGUAACAUAUAUAUUGAUCGAAACAAUGAACUGGAUAUAUCAAUCAAUUAGUUCAC